AUGUCUAAGAAGAGGGGGCUUUCGUUGGAGGAGAAACGGGAGCAAAUGCUUCAAAUAUUUUAUGAGAGCCAGGACUUCUUUCUGCUUAAGGAGCUAGAGAAAAUGGGUCCUAAAAAGGGAGUGAUUAGUCAGUCUGUGAAGGAUGUGGUGCAAAGCCUGGUGGAUGAUGAUCUUGUCUUGAAGGACAAAAUUGGGACUUCUGUGUACUUUUGGAGUCUUCCAAGUUGUGCUGGGAACCAGCUGAGGAAUACUUACAACAAGCUGGAAUCUGAUCUUUCAAACUCUAGAAAGCAUUACAUGGAGCUUGUUGAACAUAGAGACAACUUGAAAAGAGGCCGGGAAGACUCUGAAGAGAGGGAAGCUGCUUUGGAGGAGCUGAAGGCUGUAGAGCUACACCAUAAGAAACUCAAGGAGGAACUGGCUGCAUAUGCAGAUAGUGAUCCAGCUGCAGUAGAAGCAAUGAAGGAUGCUAUUGACGUUGCUUAUUCAGCAGCUAACAGGUGGACAGACAACAUUUUCACUUUGCAACAAUGGUGUUCAACCACAUUCCCAGAAGCAAAAGAGCAACUUGAACAUAUGUACAGGGAGGUUGGGAUCACCGAAGAUUUUGAGUACCUGCAGUGA